GAAGGGCAAUAUUCAUCCGCUUAGAGCACAUGAUCCCCAAUCCACCCUGCUCCCGAGGCUUGCAGAUGUCAGGCCAGCUGACCAAGUGAUACUUCUGCUUGCCAUGCUCGCCAGCCCAAUAGAAGCGGGAUUGGAUUUUGGUGAUCUCCUUAUGGAGAGAUUCGUGGAGGCUGUAGAAACUCAUAAGAAAUAAGAGGAGGCCGGAGAGGGAGGAGUUGAUAAGAAUAGUCCGGGCCGCCUUGGAGAGCCACCUCCCCUGCCAGGGCUCGCAUCUAGUCUGGAGCUUGGUCACAGAGGGGCGAAGAUCGGCGGCCAAGAGGCGCGAGUCACUGAUGGGCGUCCCAAGGUAGGUAGUGGGGAACGAGCCCAGGCGGCAAUUAAGUCUAUUGGCGAUGGCCACUGUAGCCACGCCCCGUCCCCAAUCCUCCCUCCAAUCGGCGGCGGAGAGCACUACCCGGCGAGGGGCGCAGCUCCCCGUCCCACCCUGUCGCCGCGCCUCUGCCCUCCACUCAAGCACGAACGGCUUCGCUGAUCUGCGCCGGCGGCCAUCCCUGGUUUCCCUUCCACGUCUCUGGCGAGUCUUUUGCAGAAACUGGUCCAGGAGAUGCCUAGAAAGAAUCAAGAAUGUACAAGCACGGGAGGAGGAGCAAGCACAAGCAAGAAGAGAAAGGCUUCUUUACAGUCCAACUCCAACCGAGAAGAUUCUCCGCCUCCGAGGGAUGACCUAUCACGCAUAUUACGCAAGAGCCUACUUCCCUGUGGUUAUCCUAUGCCAUCUAAGAUUGCUGGGGGCAUGCGCUUGGUGAAUACAUUUGAGCUCUGCUUUGGAAAUUUAGAUGGCUACAGUGAAGAGCAAACCAGCAUUAAGUUGCUUGCUUUGAGCCUAUGCCAGUCCAUUGUUUCACUUGCUGCUUUUAAGGGUAAAACUAGACAGUUUACAUGCACAGGCACAAUCAUACAGCACACAACAUCCAGCAUGAGCAUUCUAACCUCUGCUAGCUUGAUUAGAUCCCCUGAAGAUGAAAGUAAGAUACUUGAUAAACUGGAGAUUAAGGUGCGCCUGCCCAAUGGCAAGCUUGUUGUAGGAAAACUGUGGAAAUAUAAUUUUUAUUAUAAUAUUGCUGUUGUGAACACCAAGGCUUUUCCAGAACUUCGUGCAGCAUGCUUUCAUAAUGAGGUGACAGCUAAUGUCAAAUUCUCCCAAAGUAAACUGGUAGCUAUUGGACGAGUUUUUGAAUCUGGAGAACUAAUGGCUACAGGUGGGACACUGCUGUACAAAACUUGCAAAUUCAAUUGCCAGCAACUCAUGGCAUCUACUUGUAAGACCACAAAGGCUGGAAUUGGGGGCCCCAUUGUUGCUGCUGAUGGAAAAUUCAUAGGCAUGAGCUUUUAUUAUAAGGAUGGAGCUCCUUUCUUACCAAUCACUAUCCUCCAGAAAUGCUUAAAGCACUUCAAUGAAUUUGGGAGAGUUCUGCAGCCAUGGCAUGGUCUGAGGAUUGGAUCACUUCAAGCUGAAAAACUGUGUGUCCGUGAAGAAGUACAUGACAGCUUCCCCCAUGCACAUGACAUUUACGUACAGAAGGUUGUGGGUGGAUCCCCGGCAGCAGAUUCUGGAAUCAAAGCUGGCGAUGUAAUUUCCAAGCUUGAUGACUUUUCGCUGUCCAAUGCACACGAGUUCCAUGAGCUGAUUUUGGACAAGGCAGAGAGUGCUUUACGACAUGGUGAAGGAAUGCAUUUUACGGUAUCUGUCCUAAGGCCAAGCAGUGGUUUUCAGUUCUGUGCAACUAUCAGUGCUGAAGUUAUCGACACAAGCAAACAAAACAUGAGCAAUCAAAACAAGAGCAAGGAAAACAGUGUUAGAUGGCCGGUAUCCAAGACGAAGUGGCUAUAUCCAGAUGACGUACGUGAUGCUGAUAUGAUGCCCCUUGUUCGGAAGUGUCGUCGACCUGGCUAUAUAUAUGAAGCCCCCUUGACCACUGACUUAUCUAGAUACACAAGGCUCUGAUGAAUAAUCAAGUUGAGCAAUCUUGUAGGGCUAGUCAAGAGGAGUUUGGCAUUCUUAGGGAACCCUAUGUGAACGUUUUUGUUUUCUGAUCCAUAUUUGGCGAAUAAACGGCAUGUUACCCACCUGUAUGUUUGAUUGUUUUAAUGCGUGUAUGAAAAUUACUAAGAUGGGGUCGUGAGAUGUAAAGACAAAGUGCUUGUUUUUGGCAUGUUGUGAUAUAUGUAAUGCAUACUUGUGUGGGGCGGCGAAAUGGCCCCAGCGAGCUCA